UUAAGUCCAAAAUUCAGCCUUCUGACACUGUUUGUAAUGGAAGUGCAUUGUAGCAGUUUAGUCUCUGAAAACUCCGUCUUCGUGAUUCCUAUGGAUCAAGAAGACGAAGCAACCCAUUCGCAUUCUUUUGGUUCUUUCUCCUUUCCCAACGUUUCCGCUGUAAUCUGAACCCAGCGGAUCCAGAUCCACCCAUCUCUCAAAAAUGGUAAUCAACCCAAACCCUUCUUACCCCUAAAAUCCCAAUUCCGGAAAUGCCAUGUUUUCUUCAACCCCCACCUAACCCCACUUCUCUAAUCCUUCUGGGUAUUCCCCAAUUCGCAAAAAGACAUGGUCUUUACUAGAAUUGCUUCACUUGUCUCCACCAAAUUCCCCAAUUCAAACUCCUCCACUUCUCUAUCCAACAACAUUCGAAUCUCUUCCUCUCUCCAGGACCUCUCCUCGUACCGUCAUGUUGACGCCACGGUACCCCUUCACAAGCUUCCAACACCCUCCACUUCCUCGCGCCGCAGAUGCCUCAAAAUCGCACUCUUCCUCGCAUCGUUCUUCCUCCUAACCUACCUCCUCUUCUUCCUCCUUUACUCCUAUUGGAACCAUGGUUCCGGCAAGUACUACGUUGUACUCGAUUGCGGCAGCACCGGCACGCGCGUUUUUGUCUACCGCGCUUCCGUUCGGUUCCAACGUCGUAGCAGUCUUCCAAUUGCUGUUGACUCCUUGAGGAAUAGCUUGCACAAGAAGCCUCGUGGUCGAGCCUAUGAUCGAGUGGAGACCGAGCCUGGAAUUGAUAAACUAGUGCGCAACGUGUCUGGGUUGCACAAGGCGUUGAAGCCGUUGCUUAGGUGGGCCAAGAAGCAGAUUCCAGUUCAUGCUCAUAAGUCUACUUCGUUGUUUCUUUUUGCCACUGCUGGGGUGAGGAGGCUUCCGGUUAUUGAUUCUAUGUGGCUGUUAGAUAAUGCUUGGACUGUGCUUAAAAACUCUCCCUUUAUGUGUGAGAGAGAUUGGGUUAGGAUUAUCUCUGGCCCCGAGGAGGCUUAUUAUGGGUGGAUUGCCCUUAAUUAUGAUAAUGGCAUUUUGGGGGCUAGGCCUAGGAAGGCUACUUAUGGCGCACUUGAUUUGGGUGGCUCUUCUUUGCAGGUCACGUUUGAGAGUGAUCAACAGAUGAAUAAUGAUACUAGUUUGUAUGUUAGCAUUGGAUCUGUUAGACAUCAUCUCACUGCUUAUUCGCUCCCGGGGUACGGUCUGAAUGAGGCGUUUGGUAAGUCUGUGGACUAUCUAUAUAGGAAGGAGGUUGCUUUAGGUAAUUUUGAUCUAGGCAGUAGUGGAAAUAUUGAGUUGAAGCAUCCUUGCUUGCAGGAUGGGUAUAGGGAUGAAUACUUUUGUUCUCGUUGUUCAUCUGAUAACAAAGGUGGGAAAGAAUUGGGUGGGGGUGGACGGUUGGGAACUUCAUUAGUGCUUGUUGGUGCUCCUAAUUGGAAGGAGUGCAGUGCAGUAGCGAAAGUUGCUGUGAAUUUGUCUGAAUGGUAUGAUCUUGGCGCAGGGCUUGAUUGUGCAGCGCAGCCUUGUGCAUUGCGUGACAAUAUGCCUCGCCCCUAUGGACAUUUUUAUGUGAUUUCUGGAUUUUAUGUUGUAUUUAGGUUUUUCAACUUGACUUCUGAGGCUACACUUGAUGAUGUGUUGGCAAAGGGUAAGGAUUUUUGUGAAAAGAGAUGGGAUGUUGCAAAGGCAAGUGUUGUUCCGCAACCCUUUAUUGAUCAGUAUUGCUUUAGGGCACCGUACAUUACCUCUCUGCUGAGGGAGGGUUUGCACAUUAAGGAUAAUCAGAUAAGUGUUGGCUCCGGAAGUAUCACCUGGACACUUGGGGUUGCCUUGUUGGAAGCUGGAAAGGCAUUCUCCACUAGAUUUGGGAUUCGUGAUUUGGAGUUGUUCCGGAUCAAGAUAAAUCCUCUUGCUCUUGUGCCUAUUCUGUUGCUUUCAUUUAUUCUACUUCUUUGUGCUUUAUCAUGUAUUGGCAAAUGGAUGCCAAGGUUUGUCCGGAGGCAAUAUCUUCCAAUUUCCAGGCAUAACAGUGUUUCUGCUGCUUCUGUUCUUACCAUGCCGUCUCCUUUUCGGUUCCAGCAUUGGAGCCCAGUGAACUCUGGGGAUGGAAGGUCAAAAAUGCCACUCAGCCCAAAAAUUGCAGAUUCACAACAAAGUCCGUUUGGUCUGGGGCAUGGGCUAGAUGACAACAAUGGUGGCAUCGAGCUUAUGGAGUCUUCAUCGUACCCAUCAGCCAGUAAUGUCUCACACAGCUAUUCCUCAAACAGUUUAGGGCAGAUGCAGUUUGACAGUAGCAACAUGGGUGCCUUCUGGUCCUCCUACAGGAGUCAGAUGCAUCUGCAGAGUAGGCGAUCGCAGUCUCGAGAAGAUCUCAAUUCCUCAUUGGCUGAAGUUCAUCUGGUCAAGAGUUAGCUCAACUUCUGAAAACAUCGUUGUAGGCCAAUUAAACGUCAGUGCCCGACCAAGAUGAUUUAUUUCUUGGCAUUGAGUCGCAACAACAUCCACGAGUUGUUAAGCACAAACUAACACUUAUUCUAUGCAAACUCUCCUUGGUGGCUUCGGAAGACAAGUCAAGCAUAAACUCUCCUUGGUUCCUAUACCAUUCUUUGAACUCAUUAACAGCUAUUACCAUGGAGAAUUUCUAGUUUCAUAACUGGUGUGACUGAUGACUUGUGAAAUCCCUUUAGAAAAUAUGAACAUCACAGAGAAGUUCUAACAGAGAACAAUCCUCACCCGCUUUAAAGUCAAAUAAGCUACUGAAUUGACUUAACAUGUUGCAACUUUCCAAGUUUCUUACUGGUUCCCCAAGGGAGGAAAAAAAUUAGAUACAGUAUCUCAGGUACUAUUAAAUCUAUUCUCAUAUUAGAUUUGGAAUUGAACCUUGAUAAUAUGUCAUGACAUUCAAUCAAAUAAUUUACAAACUCCAUGCCCAAAGGACCAUGCAUCCAAGUUCUGCAUGUACUUUAUUCUUUUUCUACUAAUUUUGUUGAUUGAUUCUAAUGUCUGACACCAGAUUAUAUCUCAAUAUCUAACUUUUAUUCUAAAUGUUAAUAUUUUCAAUGUAAUCUUUUGUUUAGAGUUUAAUAAUAUUUGAUCAAGCAACCAUACGUCAUCCAUUUACUAUAAUUGGUGAAAAGUACCACGUUUACUUCUAUUUUUCGUCGAACAACGGAUUUGGUUCCUAAUAUUGCCAUGAUCAAUUAAUUU